UGUUUUUUUUUAUAUGUAGAUAAUCAUAUGAAAUCAAAGCAAUACGCUGCACAUAAUGCCUAUAUCUUGAAAUAUCUCUUAUUAGUAGCAUGACAAGUUGAAUAUUCAACGCUAUAAACGAAGUUAUUUACAACAAAAUUACAUUUUUACUACAUUUUCAGCUUACUCAUCAGUUAAAAUAACUGUAUGGAAUUUAAAAUGCUCUUUUUUGAAUUUGAACGUAAUAUCUGGAUUUUCUUAUAAUAGGAAAAAUUGUGAAACUGACUUGAAAGUAAGCAAAUUUGCUGUGAUUUGAAGAAGUUCAUUGUGAUUGUGUUUAGACAUUAUUUUCAUUUUAAAAUGUCUCAGAAUAUUUGUGAUUUGUACAUAAAAAUCAGUUGCAUGACUGGCCACCGUUAUUUACUGGUAGUGUCAGGUUCGCAUACCAUUGAAAAUUUAAAAGAAAUGAUGAGUAAAAGUUAUAGAUUACCGAAGUUGUUAAUUUCCUUGUCGUUCAAUGGACGAACAUUGAAAGAUCAUGAAACCUUGAGCAGUAUAGGUGUUCGAAAUGAUAGUGUCCUUAAUAUGGUUUUGAAAAUGCAAGCAUCUUCUAUGAGCCUAAAGAUCAAAUGGCCUGAAGAAUGUACGAAAUUCAUAGAAUUUGUUGAAAAAGUCAAGAACCAACUUUGUGGAGAUGAUCCUCCGAAAGAAAGGAUAAUGGUAUUAGUAGAAGGUGGUGGGAACGAAGGACCAUUUCGUGUAAAUCGCGUUUGCAAAGAAUCCGACUACAAAAACCGUCUUGAUAAAUGCAGAACAUUAUUUUCUCCGCAAAUGUUGAAACUUCUUAUCUUAACUGUGUUGGUCAAACUUGUUGAAGAGUUCAGGAUGAAGAUGAACAUUUAUAAGUUGAGACAGAAGAUGAGGGAGAUCGCCCAGAAGAAAAUGAAGAAGAAGUUCGUGGAAAAACCAGGAAUCAAAUUCUGGUGCGACUACGACAAAAAAGAUGUACCUCUUGUGAACGGAAUGGAUAGGUAUGAGACCGUUAUGUUCGUUAAAACGGCAAUCACUUACCCAUCCAUCAUGACUGGCUACCAAGAGGAUAUUACUGGGGAUAUGACGAAAUAUUCCAACUUGAUUUUCAGGACUUUGGGGAAAUUGUCCCAAUCUAAUGAGAGUGCCAUGACUUUCACAUCCGAAGAACAAGUUUGGAGGUUCUUGUUUCAGAAAUGCCGUCAAGAUCAAAAUUUCCUCAUUCGAAUCAGACCACCAAGAAGAAAUUUGAUCAUGCUGAGAUUAAGGCGUUGGGCAAUAGUCAAACGUCAAGAACUAGCAAAAAGAGUCGCAUACUUGGUAGCUAGAACUACAGUUCAAGAGGCUGAAGGUUACCUAAAAUACUGCGCAAACAAAUUUCAAAAUGCAGUUACAAGGUUGAAAAGCCCCAGGCAAUAUACAAUACAACCAACCUACAGAAUUUUCCAACUGAGGUAUCUAUUUGUAGAACCAACACAUCAAGUUUAUUCACGCUAUUUGAAUUAUAGCGGUACCAAAAAAUCAUUGGAAGACACCAGUAUGGAAACCUUGUUGGAGAAAUUGAAGUUAAACCUAUCCCGGAAGUUUACCAAGAAGUUAAAUAAAGAACCUAAAAAAACUUGUCCAAUGAUUUCAAAGUCCACCAAUUUUAAGGCCGAUGAAGCACAAAUGGAAAACUACUUAGAAAAACUGUUCGACGAUGAGCUAGUGAGUUUCGAUAAUGCUUAUUUUGAGCACUUCAAGAGCAACACUCCUGAAGGACUGAAGCAAGGCAAAAUUUACCAUCCCAAAGUAGUAGACCAAUUUUCAGCAAUAUUCGAGGAAGCUGAACAUUUUGGACUCAGUACUCCUGAAGAAUCAGAGCAAGACAUGUUGUUCGAAGAAGUUUAUCAACAGUAUUUGGAGCUCAGUAAUUCUGAAGAGUCAGAGGAAGACCAAAUAUACCACCCUACUCCAGCUUACUCCUCAAUGAAUGAGCCAUUGCAAGAUGAAGUUUCAUUGGAGGAUAGCUUCUUUGCAGAAAUGUCCUACGAGUGUCUUGCUGACCUCCACGCAGCUUUGCUCAACGAUUUGAACCAGAAGAUGUCUAACCAGAAAGUUGAGGAGCCCUACCAAGAAAAUCUCUAUCGUAAACCAACCUUUGACGAUGUUUAUUUGAGGAAAUUGUGGAUGAAUAUCUACAAGAGAAACCUACUAGAAGAUCAUGAGAAGUGCAUCCUUAAUUUGUCUUAUGAAUUUAUUGCAGACAUCCACGAAGCUUUCAGAAGGAGAAUUUCUAAGAAAAUUUGUAACUACAGCUACAGUAUGGAAUCUUAUGAAUCUCUAGGUGAAAUACAUGGUAAAGUGUUGAAGGAAUUGAGGACCAGUUUUGUCAAAGAUGAUCUCUACGAAGCACUUGCUGAGUUCCAUGAAAGCAUGAGGUUGCAUAUCUCCAAGCACCUAGAGCAACAGAGACACUUUUCAACGAUCCCAUUGGACAUUGUUAAGCAAAACAGACUCAACAAAAACACUUCACCCGAAGCAACUGAAUCCUUAAGAAGUGACUCCAGUGAUGGGUCUCAGUUGAGAGAAUCAGAAUAUUCAGAUUCGUCUUCAGCGGAUAAUGAGUCAGAAGUGUUGGACAAGGAUACAUUUUUCUAUUCUACAUAUGACAACUCAAAAUAUUCAUCCACCACAGGAACUUUGAACUCUAACAAUGGAGAGCCAACAGUAGAAACACAAGAAAGAACUACCAUCGGUCGUGAAGUGAAAUUAACACCUCAUGAUGAUGGUAGAGUGAAAAAGACAAGAUGCACCAUUUGUAGGAAGAGGUUAAACAUCACGAAUGUAUACGAUUGUAGAUGCGGAAAUUUAUAUUGUGCUGCACACGUAUAUGCUGAGUUACAUGAUUGCAACUACGAUUAUAAAAAGAAUGGAAAAGAGAUUCUGCGCAAAAAAUAUCCAAAAUUGUAUGUUGAAAAAAUCAAGAAGAUAUGAUUUUUUAUAUGACGUUUCUUAUUGAAUAUUCGUUCAAUUUGUUUUCAUAUUGAAAAAAUUUGAAUCAUUGUUCUAUAAACUGUGGUAGUUUGAUGGUAGCUUACUUUGAUAUGUAUAUAUUUGAUUUCGGUCAGUUUUCGCACAAUAAGCUUUGACGAAAAAAUAUGUUCCAUUUAAGUGAUUUUAAAUCUGUAUUGAGUAAUUUUACAAAGUGAUACAUUGGUCACUUGAAAACUUGAUUUUGUACCAAAUGUAUAAUUUUUCAAACAUUAAUAUUAAAUCUAAAUGACUGAAUUAUUCGAAAUGUAAAUAUUAUUGAAACUUUAAGAAGUUUUUUUGUUGUAAAUAUCUGUUUAGACCUUUAUAAUCUACUACUUAGCAAGUCUUCUGUUAGCUAAGCAUGUUGUGUUAGUUUUUGUUACUUAUUCU